AUGGGCCAAAACACUAGCCAACUCGAUCCCGGUGACUACGAGGCUUUCGAGAGCCAGCAUUUCAGAUCCCAAUCGCCAACUGAACAAUCGCCCGGCGGCACCGAGAACCCUGACACUUCCGACAGAGGGAGCCCUCAGCCCUUUGCCCACAAUAUCCCUUCGUCGCAAGACUUCGCCUUCUCCAGCCAAGUCCCCCAUUCCGCUACCCGUAGUCAGCCCAUCUCCAAGGCCAAUCGCAGGCGGCCCAACACCAAGUCCACCUUUGAGACCAUGAGCGCAUCACCUGAACCUACGAUGGAGCCAGAACAUGACAUGCAUGACACCGAGCAGGACCAGCAAGUCCCAGCGCCCCAGCCAGCCAAGAAAAAGAGAGAUCGAAAGAAGAAGCAGUCUCUGACCAUGGCUAGCCACGAGCUAGGCGUCAUGCCAGCAGCCUCAGAAUCAGCACCAGAAGUUCGCGCAUUUGAGCCCAGGUCCUCCAUCGACUUUGAUGCUGCAUCCAGUCCGCUCGUCGGCGAGGCCAUGCCCACAAUUGGCCAAGGACACGAGGACGGCGACACGGUUGAUGCUACGUUGACUCAACUGGAUCCCGACCAACUCCAAAGGCAGGAAAAGAAAGAUCGCAAGGAACGCAAAAGGGCAAAGAAAGCUGCCAAGCACGCCGAGCAGUUGCGCUCCUCGCUUCUUGCUACCAGCCCUGGCUUUGACAAUCACGAUGUCUCCAAUCAUCUGGAGCAGCCUCGUGAGGUCUACUUGCAGAGCGAGGAUAUCGAAGAUGAGCGUGUCCCCGCAGGUGACCAAGAAGAUGGCAACAGCCUCAUGGACGACCCCAAUCAACUUCCGACUCCAGACGACGAAGUCCACCACGACGCUCACCCGCUCAAUCCGACUUUCUCACACGAUAGCACGACCGAUCCCGCUUUGGCAGAGGAAUCUGCUGCACAGCCAUCACAACGCAAGCGGAAGGCACGGGAUUCCGAUAAGAAAUCAAGAAAGAGACGCAGGGAACAGUCGCACCUCUCGCAUGAGACCAGUGCCGGAAAUGAUGCAAUCAACAGCAACAGUGUAGUUGGAACGGCAGGCGAUGGCACUGACGACUGGCCUCUGCCAACGAAGCAGUCAUCCCCAGCUUCAGCCACCGGCGAUUCCCGAAUCGGCGAAAUCGCCAGAGAAUACUACUCACAGAGAUACGCCAGCAAAGACUACACACCUUCCGAAUCUAACACAGCCGCUGCAAGCAACAAGCGGCUGAAUGUGUCAGGCGUUUCUCCGGGCUAUGCUGAUGACUCACCCAGCCUCGCACGUCUUCAACGUCAAAGACCAUCCAGAUCGUCUAGUCCGCGCCAUCUGGUCAAGCAUGAGAGACCAGAGGAGGAAGAGGAGGAGGAGGGGCCUGCUGAGAGCAUGGACAUAGAUGCGAACGAGGAGCAGCCCAGUACCGAGCCCCACGCCACCAUUGUCAGUGGUGCUGAUGAAGAGCCCGACAGCGUUGUCGACGAAUCAAUGGCUGACGAUGAUGACAACGACGGCGAUGCACCAAGUACGGCCAGCGGCCUCGAAAAGCAGGCACAUUUUACUUCCGAUGAUCUUGGUGUAGACGGAACGGUUGAAGAUGAUGGGGGCCAGGGGAUCUCCGAGAUUGGAGAAUCACCCGGCCCUGAUCAGCAGCAAGCAUUUGACAGCCCUGUACAGCCCGGUACAACUAUCAAGCCGUCUAAGUCCCUGCGACAGUAUGGCUCAAAGGCGAGCACUAGCAAGAAACGCAAGGCCAAAUCUUCGUAUCUCGAACGAGCGGAGCAGGAUAAUGUCCAAGCAUUUGCUGAAUUGCCCUCCCCUGCCGUUGCCGCUGCCUCAAGAAAAGGAAAAGCUCAUGCCAAGCGUACCACAGUUCCUACAGUGGCAGGCCCUUCUAGUGCAUCUCAAAGAUCCGAGAAGCAGCCCAAACUUGUUUCCAUGAUGGGAGACGGCUCGGCUAAGAAGUCUACCGCAACCCAUCAUCCUUCCAAUGCGCCCACACCUACACCGACGUUCACACACACUCUACCAAAGGCGGCCACGAGGAUUAAGAACCCAAGCCCAGAAGAUGAGGUCACGGGUCGUUUCUCACGCGACGAGAUGCGCGACCUGAAUGCAGCUAUCGAGCAAUGGCGUAAAAAUCAUGGCCUCACUGAUCAAGAAGUGAUUGAUAUGGUGCAGAAGAAUCCCCAACGGGCCAAGAGUUCCGAUUUCUGGGACUAUGUUCAUUACGCCUGUCCCAAGCGUAAGAGACAGAAGAUCAUCAACCAAGUACGCAAAACUCAUCACAACUUCGUUGCACGGGCAGCCUGGACGGUGGAACAGCACCAAGAGCUUGCCGCAUACUAUGAACAACACGGCAAAAAAUACAAGCUGCUUGGUGAGCUGAUCAACCGUCACCCCGACGACGUUCGUGAUCGUAUCCGCAAUUAUAUUGUAUGCGGCGACGCCCGCAAGAAAGCCGCCUGGACCGAAGAUGAGGUGGCAGAAUUCGUCGCUAUCGUCGACAAUGCACUUGACAAAAUUCGCGAGCUGAGAAAAGAUGACCCUCCCAAUCUCGACCGGCCCGAUGAUGAAGAACUUGUGGAUUGGUCUUUGGUUAGUGAAAACAUGGGCUUUACUCGCAGCCGCCUUCAAUGCCGAGCAAAAUGGAAGCAAAUUCGAUUCAAAUUAGAAGGUGGCAACAUCGACGGCAAGGCUGGUCACUCGAUGGAAGAAAUCAUCCAAGAAGCUCGAAAUGACUUUACCAAGAUGGAGUCUUACGACCUUUACCUCAUUGCCAAAGCGAUCAAGAGGUCCGGCACCAUGGCUGACUCCCGAAUCGGCUGGCACAAGCUCCGGGAAAGUUGGUACGCCAUGGAGAAAUGGAAUCGUCCUGCGUUGAUGCUUGCCUGGUACCGACUCCGGCAUUCUAUUCCCGAUUGGAAGAUAAUGUCUGUGCCGGAGGUCGCCAAAUACUGGAUGGACAUUUACGCCGAGACCAAAGAGAUCAACGUCCUCCCAGAGGAUCAGUUGGACUUGGACGCGGAAUAUCGCGAAAUCAAGCACAAGGUCGCCAAAAUCAUUGGGGAUGACGAUGCCCGGAAGGCACGCCAUCUCUCUAUUGAAAUUGACGAAGAUGAGAGCGAUCACGAAGCGAGCGUGGACCUGGGAGAAGCUAUGGAGCAGGACGAAUUGGAGGCUGUGCAAUCUGAGCCUGAGGGUGGUCUCGAGGCAGAAGACGAAGUUCCAAAGCCCCAAUCGCAGAGCCGGUCGAAAGCCAAAGCUGCUCGUUCGAGCCGAAAAGCCCAACCAACAAUUGAGCAGUCUCCGGUAGUACAACCUGAAGACUUUACGCAUGACGCCUCAGACUCAUCUUUUAUUUCUAAGAAACGCAAGAAGGCUAAACGAGCUGUUGCUCAGCCACGCUCUCAAUCUGCCAAGUCAACCAAGAGCAAGUUUGCGAAACGAUCUCUAUCGGCCGGGAAAGUUGUUGAAGAUGUGUCCAGUGACACUGAUGCCGAUGAUGUGGAAGAUAUCCCUGCUGUUCUUCCCGAAUAG